CGCUGGCAGCUCCCUCCCUGGGAGUCAGAGGGACCUGCAGCCGAGUUGGAGGUGCAAACGGAAAAAGAGGAGAAUCAUCUUUUGUCACGUUUGAGCUGAUGUGAAGGCUUCCCCCUGCGUUUCAAUCGUUUGCUGGUCUCGCUGGAAGCAACGUGUGCGUGCUCGCUGCCGUCAAGGUAGUGUGUUCGUCGCCAUGGGGAUCAAAGCGGCACUUCCUAGAUAUGAGAUGUAUUUCUACAACACCGUGCUCUGCUUGGCAGUCUUCUGGUCCACCUGCUGGAUCUUUGACGUGUCCAGUUCACAUGCAAACAGAAGAACGUUCAAGUCCAGCGUGAAGCCAGGAUGGCACAUUUUUGGCAGGAAAAUGGACACGGGUGAUUCCGAGUGGGCCAUGUGGAUCUGGACUUUCCGGGCUCACAUCCUGUUCGCUCUGUCGGGACAUGUCCUGUUCGCCAAGCUGUGCUCCAUGCUGGCUCCUCAGUACAGGUCCCUGGUCUACAUGGUCUACGGGCUCCUGGCUGUGUGGACCAGUAUGGGCUGGACCUACGUCACCCUCAUCCUGUCACACUGCAUCCUGCUCUACAGCAUCUCCCUGGUGAAGAUACGCUGGCUGUGCUUCCUCACUGGAUUUUUCACGCUUGCUACUUUCAAGUGCGAGCCUUUCCUGUCCUGGCAGGCAGGCUUCGUGGCGGGCGACUUCGACCUGCGUCACAUCCUGUUCUACGGAGGCUGCGGCUUCACCGUCAUGCGCUGUAUGAGCUUUGCUCUGGAGAACUGCGAGCGGAAGGAUGGCAACUUCAGCAUCCUGGAGCUGCUCAAGUACAACUUCUACCUCCCCUUCUUCUACUUCGGGCCCAUCAUGACCUUUGACAAGUUUUACCUGCAGGCCAACAAGUCGGAGCUGAGCAGGAAGGAGCAUGAGAUGUGGAACAUCAACAUGCAGGGCGUGACCCACCUGGCCGUCAUCCUCCUGGUGGACCUCCUCUUCCACUUCAUGUACAUCCUCAGCAUCCCCAGCGACAUGAAGCUCCUCAAGCACCUCUCUGACUGGGCUCUGGUGGGCGUGGCCUACUUCAACCUGCUCUAUGACUGGGUAAAAGCGGCCGUCAUGUUUGGGAUCAUCAACACCGUGUCCAGACUGGAUCAUCUGGACCCGCCCAAGCCCCCAAAGUGCAUCACGAUGCUUUACGUCUUUGCAGAAACGCACUUCGACAGAGGAAUCAACGACUGGUUGUGCAAGUACGUGUACGAUCGCCUGGGGGGGAAGCACGACAGCGUGCUGGAGGAGCUGCUGGCCACGCUGUGCACGUACGGCGUCACCAUCCUGUGGCUGGGGCCCAGCAAGGUGGUCCUCAUCUGGGCCUUCUUCAACUGCUUUGGACUCAACUUUGAGCUGUGGGCCGCCAAGUUCUUCUCCAUGGAGCCGUUUGUGUCUUUUGAGACGGCGAUGUCCGAGGCCAUGUCCCGCCGCAUCCGAGCCGUCUUCAACAUCUUCAACUUCUGGAGCAUUGUUCUGUACAACACGCUGGCGUUGAACAGCUUGGACUUUGCCAAGUUGGUGGCCAAGCGUCUGCUGCUCAAAGGGUUCCCCAUCACCACCAUCAUGGUCAUGUUUGUCACCUACUGCCUCAUUCAAGUCAUCAAGGAGCGGGAGAGGCGGCAGGCUCUCGUCGAUGAUCCUCUUCCUCCUCCUCCUCCUCCUGUGCAGCCGCUUCCUGCUGAAAUUCCGACUGUCCCGGCCGCGUCCGCCGCCACUCCGGCUCAACCCAUCGCUGAUCCCAGCAAGCAAAAAGCAGAGUAGAAGAAUGACAUAAUGCACGCAUGGAUGGCAUGAACGUAUGGAAACACGCAUUCAUCACAACUCAAAGACUCCAGACGUAAAACUACAAAAGUUCUGUCACUGAUAAAAAUAAAU